AUGCGUUUCUCCGCUGUUAUCACAAGUACUCUUUUGCUGUCCAGCACUGCGCUGGCUUCCCCGGCUUCAUCGCCUGCGGGAAGUGCUUCGGCUCAGGGCGCCUCGAGUGAAUCGACGGCCGCUGCUGUUCAUCAGAAUGUGAACAACCAGGGCAACGCUCAGGCCAAUGGUCAAGACAAUGCCCCGUUGACCACCGCCACCCAGCAGCAGCAGCAACAACAGCAGGAACAGCAACAGACUACGUCUCCGGCUCAGGUUCAUGUGCCAGCUCCAUCUCAGGGCAAGUCCGAGGAGGAUGAGUCCGCUUCGCAACAGACCCCCACCACGGCAGCCGCCACUCCUGCCGCUAACUCUGCGGCAGCUGCCAGUCCUUCCCCUAACGAGUCGUCGUCUAACACCAAGAACACCGAGACCAGCAAUGAUGAUGACCAGGAUGGCGGUAUCCUGGGUGGCAUUCUGGGCGGUGGAAAGUCCAGCAGCUCUUCUGCUGCUGCUCCUGCCACUCCUGCCGCCAACUCGGCAGCAGCUGCCAGCCCUUCCCCUAGCGAGUCGUCAUCCAACACCAAGAGCACCGAGACCAACGAUGAUGACCAGAAUGGUGGUCUCCUGGGUGGUCUGGGUGGUGGACAAUCCUCCACUUCCUCCGCCGCUCAGAGCACCACGUCUCCCGGCGCAGCUGCCGCUACUGGUGCUUCUGAAACCACUGGAGAUGGUCCCCUUGCUGACUUGGGAUCGUUGCUCGGUGGUGCGGGGGGUCUUCUCUCUCCUACCUUGCUCAAGGACAUUGAGUCUUUCUUCCACCACGUCGCCUACCUGCUCGAUGACAAGAGGACGGAUGAGACCAAGACCUUAAUCGACAAGGGUUACAACCUUCUGACCGAUGAGCUGACUGAUGAGCUCAACAAUCUCGUGAAGAACGGCAACGCGCUCUUGACACCUAGCUUCGUGAACGACACCCAGAGCUUGAUCAGCAACGUUGGACCUCUGCUCUCGCCUGACCUGUUUGACAAGAUCAGCACCCUGCUCAACAACGGCAACGACCUCCUCACUCACGAGUUUGUUAAGGAGGUCAACUCGCUCAUCAAGAAUGGCAACAACCUCUUGACUGCUGAUUUCGUCAAGGAGGUGAACUCGUUGAUCAGCAACGGUAAUGAGCUGCUCACUCCCGACUUUGUCAAGGAGAUCAACAGCUUGAUCAAGAACGUCCAGCCCCUGCUCAGCGACGACCUGUUCGACAAGCUUACCAAGUUGCUGAACAACGGUAAUGACUUGUUGACUGCUGACUUCGUCAAGGAGGUCAACUCUCUGAUUAAGAACGGCAACAACCUGCUCACCGCAGACUUUGUCAAGGAGGUGAACUCGCUCAUCAACAACGGCAACGAUCUCUUGACUGCCGACUUCGUCAAGGAAGUGAACUCGCUCAUCAACAACGGCAACGAGCUCUUGACUGCCGACUUCGUCAAGGAAGUCAACAGCCUCAUCAGCAACGGAAACAACCUGCUCACUGCCGACUUCGUUAAGGAGGUCAACAACCUCAUCACCAACGGCAACAACUUGCUUACUGCCGACUUCGUCAAGGAAACCAAGGGUCUCAUCGAUUCUGUGGCCCCCAUCCUUACUCCCGAGCUCCUCAAGGAAGUCGGCGGCCUCCUCAACAACGCCAACGACCUCCUCACCCCCAACUUCGUCAACGAAACCAAGAACCUCAUCGACGCCGUCGCCCCCAUCGUCACUCCCGAGCUCCUCAACGGUGUCGGCGGCCUUCUCUCCAACGCAAAGGCUCUUCUCACCUCGGACUUCGUCGACGAAACCCAGGGUCUCAUCGGCAACGCCAACUCCCUCCUCACCAAGGACUUCGUCAAGGACACCAAGGGUCUCAUCAGCGACGUUGCACCCGUCGUCACCCCCGACCUCCUCAAGGACGUCAAAGGUCUGCUGGGUAACGCGAACACGCUGCUUACUCCUGGGUUCGUUAAUGAGACCAAGGAUCUUAUUGGCGAGGUUUCGCCGAUUAUCACCCCCGAGAUGCUUAAGGAGGUUACUGGUUUGCUUGAUAAUGCCAAUGACCUGCUUACGCACCAGUUCGUCAACCAGACGCAGACGCUGAUUGAGGAUGCGUCGGAGUUGUUGCCAGCUGUUGUUAAGCUGUUGGGUGAUAUUUAA